GCUGCGCAUGCGCAGGUCUGUCACUUCUCUCCAGGAGCAUCCAACCAGUAGACAGAUGUGAAUCCCACUGUGUGCAUGUAACCAUGGGGACCUGGCAUCUUCCUAGAAGGCUAGCAGCUGGGCGAGGCACCUGCAGGAGAAGAUGGAGAGGUUCACAAGAUGCCCGGCUCCCAGUUCUAAGAGUAAGAACAUACCAGCCCAGAAGAAGCCCAAUGUAAGGAGCAUGGAUUGUGGCCGCAAGGAUCUUGGAGCUGGAGCUCAUGAUGAAAUAAAUUCAAAGGAUUCAUGGAAAGGAUGUCGUCUGCAGAUUGGUCCUUUAAGACAGGAGGUUAAAACAAUCAAAAUUCCCAGGUCUAUGAAAAAUGAACCAUUUCUAAAGCAUCCUGACCUUACUAUGGGCCAAAAACGAUAUUUAUGCAGCAUUGCCAGAAUCUACAGCACCAGGAACAUGAGAGCCCUGACCGAAAAACAUCAGCUUUCAAAGAUAAGAUGUGGUUCAAAGAACGUUCAUCAGAAUCUUCCAGUUUCAGGAAAAAGCAAGAAUGAAAUAAAGGGACAUUGUAGAAGAGUCCAUACAGCAGCUACAACGGCCAUAGAAGAGAUGCGUGAGCAAAUCACUUGCCUUUCUGUGAAUGAGAACAACUGUGAUGGCUGAAAAUACUGCAAAAACAAUAGGAUUUAUUUUGCUUGUACCUUACUACAAUCCGUUACCUGGAUAACAUGUAUUUAUAUACUUACAUAUUCUACCCCACCAACCCCAGUACACUGGAUGUUUCCAUUUCUCCAAUAAAAACUUCAUAAAAGAUUAAAACAAAAAA